AUGAUUCUUCUCGAUUCCAAAAUUUUGGGAGAGAUACGAAUAUACGAUAUCGGAGAGAGACAUCCUGUGAAUAAUAAUCAAGCUGUUGAUGUUUCUGAGUGGGAAAUUGUUGAAUCUAUUAAGCCUUAUCUGUUUACAGAGGCUGCAAUGAAAAUCAAGGAAGAAGAGUUAAAUUCAACUAUUUCCAAAUUGGAAAAGAAAAUUUCCUCCUUGAAAGAAAGUUUGGCAAAUGAAGAGUCACAAAAGCUAAAUGCCAUUGAUUUUCUCAAUAAAGAAAAAGAAGCUAGGAGGCUUUAGAAAAGAAUCAAGAUUCUUUAAAGGAAGAGCUUCUACAGGCUAAACAGAAUGCAUCAACUGCUGAAGAGGAGGUGAUAUAAAUUAAAGAAUCUAAAAUCAUUGAAAUAAAACUACGUACAAAACAUAUUUCUGAUUUCAGAUUGUCUUCUUUCGGUGAAAACUCAACAAGACAUGAACAAGAUUUUGCAAGAGUACAAUACCGAACUUCAAAAUCAACUUUUUACUGCCAUUGAUGCAAACAAACAUUUUGUAAAAGAGAAAGCUGCAAUCUUGGAAAAUCACAUCACUUUAAAGAAACAUUACAACUUCUUGCAGCAGGAGUUCACUUCUGUUAAUGUUUGUCUUUCAUCUCAAUAUUUUUUUCCUGAUUGUUCCCAACAGUUGUUUUGGAGAAAGUAUUGUGCUCAAACAGAGAAAAUAUCUGUGCUAGAACAUCAGUUAGCAGCUGCAAAUGAAAAGCUUAAGAUGGUGGAUUUAUCUUCAUUAGAGAUAAGAAGAAAAUACGAGGACCAAAAACGGAUUGUUUCAAAAUUAGAGGACCAAUUGCUGGAAGCAGGUCAACUUUUUGAAGGGGAGAGAUUGAGAGCUCAAGGGUUGUAUAAGUUGAUGUAGUUCAAAGUGGUAUUUUUUCUAUUCUCAUUUUAACAAAGGGAAAUUUGCAUGGAAGAACAACAUACUUUCAUUUCUUCACGGAUAAUAGCAAUCUACUUACCUUUCACUGUUUAUAUUGGUAUUGUACUUUAUUUGUUACAUAUUGCUACUAUCUAUAAAAAAAAAUGUAAGUUCA